AUGCAUACUCUCUCAUCUCUUCUCGUUCUCUCUUCUGCCACCAGUGCUUGGGGCUAUGGUUGGGUUGCCAGUCAAGCUGGCGUAGAUUCCUCCCUGCUGAGAGAAGCUCGGUACGCCAACAACAAGCGUCAGACAACUUGCCCCUUCAACGCAGACCAUAAGGGUGCCGCGCCCUACACAUCUCAAUACCCAUACACAGGAGCGAAGAAUGGUGUUCCUGGAUCGCAAAAGGGCGGCAUCAAGGUGCCAGCCGAUGGCGACACUGCCCAUUACUACACUGCUCCAGGACCGAACGACAUCCGAGGACCUUGCCCAGGCUUGAACGCCGCAGCAAACCACAAUUUCUUGUCUCACGACGGAGUCACCAACUUCAAUGAGCUUGUCGAUGCUCAACAGAACGUCUACAACGUUGGCUACGACCUUUCAGUCCUCCUGGCUGUGCUCGGUAUCCAAGCCGACGGUGACAUUGUCACGACCAAGCUCAGUAUCGGAUGCGAUGCUACUUCUCGCACUGCGCUGCUGCCACUGCUCGGUCGCCAGCCCGGACUUAAUGGACACAACAAAUUCGAGGGUGAUUCUUCGCUUACCCGUACCGACUACUUCCUCAACAAUGGCGACAACUACUCUUUCAACGGCUCACUCUUUGCUGAGAUGAAGUCAUUCGCCGAUACUGUCUCGGGCGGUAAAUUUGACCUUGAUGCGCUUGCUGCAUACCGUGGCAAGCGUUAUGACGAAUCUCUCGCCACCAACGCCGCAUCCUUCCUCUACGAACUUUUCCCAUCUUACGGCGACAAGGGCGUAGCCGACCUCGCCACAAUGAAAAGCUUCUUCGGCGCCGUAGAAGACGCCAACGCACCCGGCGGCUGGGCCCACGUCCCAGAGCGCAUUCCCGAGAACUGGUUCAGCCGUGUCGCUCCCUAUACCAACAACGACGUCGUGCAACAGAUCUUGGCCAUGUACCUGAAGGCUCCCAAGCUCUUCGGCGGCAACAUCGGCGUCAACAACUUUGACGGCCUCGGUACCUUUGGUAAGAUCCAGGGCGGUGAACUGCCCAACGAUGCCACUGCGGGAGACGUGCUGUGUCUGCUGUACCAGCUGGCUACCAUGGCUGUGCCGUCGAGCUUGAGCACUGUCACGGACAUUACGGCUGCGGCGCUGAACUUCAGUGUUGGGAAGCUCAACCCUGUGUUUAAGAACCAGGGAUGCGCGUUGAAGCCGGACCAGACUCAGGGCUAG